AUGCUACGCAAAAAACAGCAUGUCGGCAACCUCACCUACGAGCAGAAGAAGAGGAUAUGUACCUGGAAGAGAGACACGACGUCGUUGACACAAGGACAGCUCGCUGCAAGAGCAAAACGAGAAUUGGCCAAGAAUAAAGCGCCUGCCCAGGGAAUCAUAUCAGCCAUUUUUGCGCGAAAGGACGUGUAUUUGUACGCCAAGGAAGAAGACUUGCAAGCAUGA